UUCUAUAUAUGUACGUAAAAUAGUAGGCAUCAAAAGCGAAAAUAAAUAGUAGUGGAGAUUCUUGGUUCUAUAUAUUAUUAGUUCAUGAAACCCGAUAACUGUACUAAAAGUAAAAAUGGUUUCUCAAAUAUCAGCAGCACUCAUCACUUUCGUUCUUCUAUUUUUCCUGAGAAAAAUAUUUGUGAUUAAGAAGAAAGGAAGAUCUGCAGAAAGUACUAAGAAACUUCCUCCGGGUCCGAAGAAGAUACCUAUCAUAGGCAACCUUCACCAGCUCGCCGGAAAAUCGCUUCAUCACUCUCUUCAUCAACUCUCCCAACAAUACGGAGAAAUCAUGUCGCUGCAACUCGGCUCCAUUCCAACCCUAGUGGUUUCGUCGGCCGACGCUGCCAGAGAGAUCUUCAGAGAUCACGAUCUCGUCUUCUCCGGCCGCCCGCCGCUGUACGCCGCCACAAAAAUCAGCUUCAAUUGCUCCUCCACGUCGUUCGCGCCGUACGGCGAGUACUGGCGGGAAGUUCGGAAAAUUCUGGUCACGGAGUUGCUGAGCACGAAGAGAGUUCAGGAUUUCGAGGCGGUUCGCGACGCCGAGGUUUGUCGUAUGAUUGAUCGGAUCACUGCAUGUUCCGCGACAUCAACUGUAGUCGACCUUAGCUCGCUCGCACUGUCGCUGUCGAACAACGUUGUUCGUUGCGUGGCUUUUGGGAACAAAGGCGACGGAGACGAUGAUGAGACGAUGAAGUUUAAUGAAAUUCUUCACCAGGCGCAACAUCUGAUGGGGGAACCUAAUUUAGCCGAUGUGUUUCCGAGAUUGGCUUGGAUCAACAAGGUUAAUGGAUUAGAUGCGAGGCUGGAGAAGACUUUCAAGGAUAUUGACAGCUUUUUCAAUAAAGUUAUGGAGGAACACCUUGCAGAGCAUAGCCGGCAUGAACAUGAUGAAGAAGACGAAGAAGACAUUGUUCACACGCUUCUCCGAAUCCAAAAGGAUCCAAAUCAAACUUCUAUGCCCCUCACCAACCAACACAUUAAAGGCGUUCUUGUGGAUGUUUUUAUAGCGGGAAGUGAUACAUCGGCAGCAACAAUAAUAUGGACAAUGGCGGAGCUAAUCAAGAACCCAAACGCCAUGAGGAAAGCCCAAUUGGAAGUGAGGCAACUGAUGAAUGGAAAAGAGAAAGUGAGCGAGAGUGAUCUUCCCCAAUUGAAGUACUUGAAAAUGGUGAUAAAAGAAGCCUUGAGAUUCCACCCUCCGGCGCCGUUACUGGUCCCCCGGGAAACCACGGACAAGUGCACCGUCGGCGGCUACGAUAUUCCGGCGAAGACCCGUGUUUUCAUCAACGCCGUGGCGAUAGGGAGGGACCGGAGAGCGUGGGAAAAGCCUGGGGAGUUCUGGCCGGAGAGAUUCUGGGAGAGCGAGGUUGAUUAUAGAGGGAAUCACUAUGAGCUGAUACCGUUCGGAGCUGGGCGGCGGGGGUGUCCCGGGAUGAACUUCGCGGCGCCGCUGGUGGAGCUAGCGGUGGCGAAUCUUCUGUAUAGGUUUGAGUGGAGGCUUCCGGCGGGGAUGGGAGUUGAGGAUGUUGAUAUGGAUGAAGCGUUCGGCAUCACCAUACAUAAGAAAGCUCCACUUUGUUUAGUGGCUUCCAUUUUGCCUAAUUAAUCCGAGACUUAACUCAAUGGUCAAUGGUUCAAGAAUUAUUAGAAGUUUUGUUACAGACUUUUAAAUGUUUUAAGGUUGUAGGAAUAAAUAUUGUACAAAUAAGAUGGAACUUGGUUGGAUCUAGUAAUUAUAUCUUUUCUUUUUAAUCCUUGGUCCAAAUCUUUUGACUAUUUAUGCAUAUGGCCAGUGUUAUCAAUAAUUUCCCUACUGUCAUCUCCAAGGAGACGGCAAUUGAAAAAAAA